CUCAUCAAACCAUCGCCAUAGACACAUAACAUACACCUCUCUCUCUCUCUUUCUCUAAUUAAAAGAAUUAAAUAAAAACAACAUUGGAGAGAAAGAAAGAAGAGAGGAACAAAAUCAAAGGAAGGAAGGAAGGAGAGGAAACCCAAAAGCUUCCUUUCUUCUUCAUCAUCAUCUUAGAUUCCAACUUCCAUCCACCGAUUGAUUAUUCAUGGCUGAGUUGACUCAGGCGGAAGUUGUUUACUCUCGUCGGUCGCUUCAACUGUGGAAGACUCUGGUGAACUGCCUGGCCUUCUUCUACCAGAUCUUCCUCCAGAUCCUCCGCGCCGUCGGAUACCAUCCCCUCCUCUCUUCCUCCGCUUCCGAUGGUUUCAAACCCUUACGGAACAUCGAACUGCUCGAAACGGCGUCGGAUUCUCCCACCUCCGUGGAAAUCGAGUCCUCCUCAAUCCAAGUCCAACACAGCCAGAGACUCAAGGUAGUUCUUGACUUGGACGAGACGUUAGUCUGUGCAUAUGAGACUUCUACUCUACCUCCUGCUUUGCGUAAUCAAGCCAUUGACGCUGGAUUAAACUGGUUCGAGUUGGAGUGUUUCUCAUCUGACAAGGAAGUUAAUGGGAAACCUAAGAUCAAUUACGUCACUGUCUUUGAACGUCCAGGACUGCACGAGUUCUUAGAGCAACUUAGCCACUUUGCAGAUCUUGUUCUCUUUACCGCUGGUCUUGAAGGGUAUGCGAGACCACUUGUGGACAGGAUUGAUACCAGGAAAGUACUCACCAACCGACUUUAUCGACCUUCAACUGUCAGCACGCAAUACCGAGAUCAUGUGAAGGAUCUGUUAAGCACAUCAAAGAACAUGUCAAGGACAGUGAUUGUUGACAACAAUCCUUUCAGCUUUUUAUUGCAACCAUCAAAUGGGAUUCCAUGUGUUGCGUUUUCCGCAGGGCAGCCAAAUGACACUCAGCUUUUGGAUGUUAUACUUCCACUUCUCAAGCAACUUUCAGAGGAAGAAGAUGUAAGACCGACACUUUAUGAUCGGUUCCACAUGCCUGAAUGGUUUGAGAAGCAAGGCAUACCACCUUCGUGCUGGAACCCUUAGAUACUAGUGGAAAUAUAUAUAUAUAUCAGAAACUCUUUGGUCCACAAAAAAAGGCGAAGGACUGGGUUGGAUCAGUAAACGUGAGGAGAAGGAAGACACAGAAGCUACCAUUCCUAUUAUUGUUUAUAUUUUAUGGUAGAGAUUCCUUUUAAAAGAUAAAUAUCUGUUACACAUUCAUGGUUUCAUGUGAUUUUCUGUAGCUUUCUUUGUACCAUUGGUUAAUAAUCAAAGCAUUUUUAUUUUUUUUU